AAGUGUAGUAUACAAAGUUCACAUAGAGUUUGACUUUUUACAAAUGCACAGAGAGAUAUGAAUGAUAAAGUGUUUUGUCGAUAUGAAGGCUGGCUUCAAGUUUGGGAUGCUGAGACAGGAAUUCUUUCCAAGGUGCUAGAAGAUGGGAAUCAGCCAGUGAUACCAUGGCAACCAUUUUUUGUUGUUCUGCGUCAGGAUUUAAAAACUUUGACAUGUCAUAAGGAAGAGAAGAAUGCUUCUGAUGUGCCUGGACUACAAGAUUUAAUUGUGGUUAGAAUGGACAAUGGGAAAUCAGAAUUUGAUAGAAGAUAUGGAUAUGAUAUGCUAUCCAGUAUACAAGAACAUGCAGAGAAUCGUGAUCAUGAGCGCCCAAGAGUUACAUUGACACCAGAAAGGAUGUUUAGAUCAAGACUUCUGGAUAACUGUAAUGAAAGCUUGCCAGACUUGAGUAGGAUCAACCAUCAUUCUGACCAAAGAGGGCAUGUGCUCAUCAAAAGAAUUUUAAAUGCAUCUUAUGAAAAGAUACCCAAUGAGCGCAGGGGAAGUGUACCACUAGUUAAUGGUGUAGAUCAAACAGACAGCAUGGAUACAAGUUCAUCUACACCGUCAAAAAUAGCUAACUUCUUUAUCCGGAAAGGAUUUAAAGGGAAUUUAAAAAGAACAAAAAGUGUGACAAAGUUGGAAAAGAUUGAUAGAAAGAGAGCAGCAUCAAAUAUAUCUGACCAUGAAUCAAACACUUUUGUGGGAUCCUUGAAGAGGACAAUGAGUCUUGGAAGGUUAAAUCGGAAACGUAAUCGUCAAAAUCCUACAUCAGAGGAGCUGAGAAGUUCCUCACCAAAAUUGAACCUGAUCAACUCACGGAUCAGAUCGUCUCGUUCCCAUGAGUCCCUUCUAACCAGCCACGUCAACAUGCACGCCAUCGACCUGACGGCCUCGGAUCUAGAAAUUCAACCUCUACACUCCAGCAUUCUUGGUCAGGAUCAUUGUUUCCAAGUCUCGACAGCGAACGGAAGUAAAUACAUCUCCUGCCGGACUGCGGAGGAACGUGAGAAAUGGAUAGGAAGCUUGAGGAAAUCAGUUCAUCCAAACCAGGAACAUAUCCGGAGAACAGACAAUUCACUUAAAUUAUGGAUAAAGGAAGCUAAAAAUGUACCCUCUAAAAAGAAGUAUUUCUGUGAAAUAUGUUUAGAUAGAACAUUGUAUGCCAAAACUUCCAGUAAAAUGAAAUCUGAAAUGUUGUUUUGGGGAGAACACUUUGAAUUCAACAACUUGAGAGAUACACAGAUUAUUACAGUAAACUUGUACAGAGAAGCUGAUAAAAAGAAAAAGAAAGACAAAAAUCAGUUUAUAGGAUAUGUUAACAUCCCAGCCUCAGAAAUAACAGGUCGGACAUAUGUGGAAAAAUGGUUCAACUCAACAUCAGGAACUGUAGGACGAGUUGGGAAAGAGAACAAAAGUGAAAAUCCUUUAAUAAGAAUUAAAGCUAGAUAUCACACAGUACAGAUAUUACCUGUUGAUAUGUACAAAGACUUCUCACAGUAUUUGAGUACAGAUUAUUGUCAGUUGUGUGAAGUAUUAGAACCUGUGAUAAGUGUAAAAGAUAAAGAAGAUAUAGCUACAUGUUUAGCUCAUGUCCUACAGAAACUUGGUAAAGCUAAGGAUUUCCUUACAGACAUAAUAAUGGCAGAAGUGUCACGGCUUGAUAAUAAGCACCUUACAAUGAGAGGUAACUCUAUCGGUACCAAAGCAAUGGAAGCUUACAUGAAACUUGUUGGUGAAAAGUAUUUACAAAAUACGAUGACAGAGUUUGUGAAGUCUUUGAUAGAAUCUGGAGAUGAUUGUGAGGUGGAUCCCACUAAAGUUGCUCCACAGUUCUUACAGAGUAAUCAAAGUAUACUGGACAUGUACAGUGAAAUGGUCUUCGCCAAAAUCAUCAACUCACACUGCUAUUUCCCAAGUGAACUGAGAGAUGUUUUCACCAGUUUUCAAACUCGUUGUUUGGAGAUGGAGAGAGAGAAUACAGCGGAGAAUUUAAUAAGUGCCUCAUUAUUUCUGAGAUUCCUGUGUCCAGCUAUAAUGUCCCCCAGUCUAUUUAAUUUGAUACAAGAAUACCCUCCAGAAAAAGCUGCCAGGAAUCUUGUUCUACUCGCCAAGACAAUCCAAACUCUUGCCAAUUUUACCAAAUUUGGAGCCAAAGAAGAAUAUAUGACAUUUAUGAAUGAUUUUAUUGAACGACAUAGUGAGAGUAUGAAUCAGUUCCUCCAACAGAUAUCAUCAACAGAUACCAAUGGAGGAAACCAGUUUCUAGAGUUUGAUGGGUACAUUGACCUGGGUAAACAAUUGUCUGUUUUACACAGUCUAUUAACAGAAUCUCUAGAAAAGUGCCCUCAGGAAUCCGUAGCCAGCUUAGGAAAACUACCAAGCAUUUUAAGUAAAUUGAAAGCUGCCUUGGAAAAUCCAGAUGUUGGUUUGGUGAUUCCACCACCAAAACAGAACAGGAAAUCCCAAAUAUAUGACAAUCUAGUCAAUAUGCCUCCUCAAGCUAGCACCUCUCCGACAGAAAUUGUACGGGAAAUGUUAAAACUUUGUGGAGAGGAGGAUAUUCCUGUGUUAAGUGGGAGGCGAGGAUCCAGAUUGGGUGUGUUUGAUUCCGAAAAUAAUGUGGAGACAGAAGAUGAUUUUGGAUUUUAUAAAAAUUCUAAGUUUGAUGUGUCUAACGUAUCAGUGAAAAGUGUAUCAAAUGAACAAAGAGUGAAUGAAUCUUGGAGUGAAAUUGUUAACGUGGCAGAAAGCCACCAAGGAGACUAUAUUGACUUAUUGCAUUUCGCUGAUGAGGAUGUACAUAAUUCAUCAAUGGACUCAGAUCAUAAUAUGAAUGGGAGUGAAAUAUCCAUAAGUCAAAUAUCUACGAUAGCAUCUUCGGGUUACCAGUCUUUCGGAUAUAGUCAAUCCAGUUCACCUAUUGAUCCUAACACUACACAGGACUUUUCUAAAUCUCAUUCAUCUCAGGGUCCUCUACAACCAUUAUCAUUCUCAAAUCCAGUGUAUAGACACCAGUUCAAUAGUGCAAAACAUUCAAUGUCUAGUCCUAAUGUCAUCAGACAGGGAUCCAGUUCUGGGUCUGCUAGUAGUGAGGAAGACACUGUUAAACAUAGAAGUCCUGUGAAAUCCUCCGACAGAGAUUUAUUUAGUCCCCAGCGUAAUGAUCCAUUACGCAAUCUUGCCCCAAAAUUAUCCAGUUCAAGUAGUAGUGAAUCUUUAGAACAAGAAUUGUAUAAAAUGACUCGUUCUAGUUCGGCAAUGUCAACAACUGAAUCAUCACGAUUUACACGAUCGAAUUCUGUGCAGUCAUCAAAUGAUCCAGUGAAGUUUUCAUUAGAUUUACAUUCAUCUGUGUCAUCACAGAAUAGUGAUGAUGUUCGCAAUAGCAAUGUAACUCCAUCUAAUAAUACUAGUAAUCAUUACUCAUUGAGUCGGGCUCCAUCCAGGCCUAAAGAACUCUCACAUACUGGCAGUAUGGAUUUUUCGCAUAUGAGACAAAGAUAUAAUGAUCCGAUUCGUAGGACUGCUACUGAUUCUCACAUUUCGUCUCAUAUCAAAUAUGGACCAAGUCAUGCUUAUAGUAAUAGUGAUAUUACUAGUAAUUCUAGUCAUGGUAGUCGAUAUAGUGAUAAAUAUUACACAGACAAUUCUGACAAAGGUUCACAGAAAUACUCUUUUGGUGAUAGAUCUUACACAGAAGAUUCUGAUCGAGGUUCACAGAAACUGUCUCCUAAUAAUGCAGUACAUAUGGGAAUUAAGUCUGUACAAAGGAAAAUACAGGAACAGGAAAAAACAAAACAGGAGUAUGAGAGUGAAGUUGAAACGUUACGACAACAGUUGAACGAAGCACAAGAUCGUCUUCAGCAAGCCGAGGACAGGUUGAAGGAACACGAAACAGGAACAGCACAGUUAGUUGAUGAUUGGCAAUAUAGACUGUCCGAAAGUGAAGAAAGACUUCGUAAACAACAAGUACAAAAAGAUGAUCAGAUGAAACAGAUUAUACAAAGAUUAAUGACUGUUGAAAAGGAACUAAAGGCAGAUCAAGAGGAGAUGCAAUCAUUGGUUCGUCAGAAACAACGUGUCAUUGAGGCUCAAGAGAGGAGAAUACAAACUCUAGACAAUGCUAAUGCUAAACUGAUGACUGCUUUAUCUCAGCUACGCAGUGUUUCUCAACAAAAUCAUAAUGGAAUGAUUGGCCCAUUGAGAUCCACCAUCUUAACAACAGAAAUCGCAGAAUUUAAGACAAGUUCAUGUUAAGUUCAGCAGAAAAAUGACAUGGAAACCAAUGGCAUAAUUGUAUCAUGUUAUAAUAAUAUAUGCAUCUUAAGUAUGUCCAUCAUGUGAAAGCUGAAAUGCUGACUAUUUUAUUAAGAAAUCCAAACUUAACUUUAUUUAGUAAUACAGUAUAAUUUUAAGCAAACAUCUGUAAAGUCUAAUAUGCUUGUAAGGGAGUCGAGGUUUUAAUAUUCCUUAGUUGAAGAUAAUUAUCAGCUAUAUAUAAAUGUGGGCUUUCAGAUAAUGUACCUCAAGUAAUAAGUGUGUACUAUAAGUGUGUACUUAUAAUUUAUAUGUGUGCUGAAUGUUAGAAUCGAUAUUUUGUGAGCUUAUCUGUGUGCUUUCAAACAUAUAUCACCAAUCAUGUCUUGAAUGAGGUGCUACAGCAGUGAUAUUCAUUCACCAGAGGAUUUUCAAACACUAAAUUAUUACUGUAAUGGUUUUUUUAAAACAUUUACUCAACAUAUGUCAGAAUAUUGAUAUAUAUCAUUGUAAAAUUUAAAAUUUUCAUUAUCCAUUGUCUGGAUCUCAGAUAAAAAGUACUAUCAUUUUGAUUUUUAACAUCUAUGGAUAAUUCAGAUGUAAAUUACUAAAAUCUCAUUCAAACAUAUUCAUCAUAUUAGAACUGCCAUUGCAUAAGUGCUAUUUAUAGUAUUUGAUGUGUUCUGAGUUACUUAGUGUGAGCAUAUAUAUAAAAGUGCAAUGAACAUUUGAUAAAUCGAAAUUUUAUGUCAGUUUUUUCAUUCACUGAAUAUUCCUAUGAUAAGGAAUAGAGUGAAGCUUUAUUGUUGGAUUAUAUAACCUAUUUUGUGGAGGACUGAAUGGCAACUUUGCAUAAGUAGUGUUGGUCGUAAUUUUGAGAAUGAUAAACACUAUUAAGUUAUAAAAGUUAUGAUUUUGUGUAUGUAAUGAUGAAUGUUAAGAGUCCAGUCUUCAGGUUGAAUAUACCAAGGUCAUAAGUAUAUGAAACUUUUAUCAAUCACAAAAAUUGCUUUGUUCAAUUUCAUCUUUUAUGUUUGUUUGUUUAUUUGUUGUGUUAUUUUUGACUUAAUUAAGGAAAAAGAUUUGCAUGAAAUGCUAUCAAAAUAGUGUGGUACUGACUUGAUAUCUAAAUCUUCCAAGGUUUAUCACUACCUUUGAUAUUUGAAACAAAAUAGUGCAUCUUCCAAGGUUAAUCACUACCUUUGAUAUUUCAAACAAAAUAGUGCAGUGAAAAGAUCAUUCUUUAGAUUCGAUCCACUCACAUCCCUUGACUCUGUCUUCUCCAAGCCAAAAACAAAUCCACUGUAUUUAGUCAUAAAUGUAUUAUAUACAUGGAUAUCUAUACAAAAUUCAAUCUUAAGACUGGACUUCAUCUCAGAUGGUUGUGAAAUAUGUGUGCUUGGUUAUUGAAAACUUUGUAGUGCUGAGUUAGUUUGAUAUAUUAUGAAAAAAGCUUGUAACUUCCUCUGAAUCCAUUGUGAACAAAUGAAUGUUUCAUCAACCAAGAAAGUUUAUUAUGAAAAAUAUGAGUUCAGAAUCUCAUCAUGCUAUUUAUAGAAAUUGUAAAAAAAAUUAUCAUUGAUUUAUCAUUGUGUUUGCAAUGGAAGCUUACAAAGAGUCAACAUGAUUUCAUUUGUGAUGGGAAAUAAUUUCCCCCAAAGUCUGUGCAAUAUUUAUUGUAAAUUGCAAAAAAUAAUGUUUCUUGGCGUAUAUUUGUAAAAAAAAACAUUGUCAUACAUGUAUAUGCAAAUAUAGUGCUGUUUUGUAACAUAAGAUUAGCAAGUAUUAAUGUAAAUAUUUCUGGUCCUGAGUAGUAAGAGAUUGUUGAAAUAAAACAAUGUACAUUAAUAAUGGCAAAAAAUAAAAUGGGAUAUUUCAAAA